ACUUGGAGAGUCGAAUGGUGUGAAUCCACCAUUCCGCCAGGGCAGUUUUUCGUAAUAUACCUACGUCACACAUACAAUGAGAGCAUCGUCGAGAUUAUUAGCUACGGCGGCAUCAACAGGAAAUGGCCUUAAGCCUGCUCCUUUAGCUAUCCUCCCGCCUAUACCGCUAUACCGGCGGCUACUCAGGGCGCAUCGAAAACAUUUACCGGCACAGAUGCGCCUGCUCGGUGACGAGUAUAUCAAAUCUGAAUUCCGACUUCAUAGGAAUAUCGACAACCCUGCACACCUAAUCGGGUUCCUUACCGAGUGGCAGUUGUAUGCCCAGAAGAUAGAAGGCGACUCCUGGAAGGGUGAAAAGCUUGACCCUGCCAAAGUCGAAAAGAUGAGCGACCAACAAAUUGGACAAAUGUACGAACUUAUGCAGGCUAUCAAGAAGAGCCGGGAAGAAGGAGACGGUGACUCAUAGAGUGACUAGUUUUCCAGCUAAUACGAACUACACGAACACUCCCAACAGGUGGACAUGUAUUAGAUAGUCAUUAGCGAACUGUCUCAUAACUACGACAUUAUUUGUUGUCUGCGACCUUUUGGUAGAUAGACACAGACCAACUUUUCGAAGCAUACAUACUCGAGAUACAACUUAACAUUGCUAAGAAUACCGCAGUAGAUAUAUGCGGUAUGUAUUUCAUGAGUACCGUAUGCCUCGCAUAUCUUACUUCGGUGACAUAAGAUUUAGAGUUGAUUGAUCCCUUACACAAUGGUCAGUCUCAUGAGCUAGCUCAAGAUUGCUUUAUCGCAUUCAGAGUCAUUGAUAGGAACUAAACUCUCUCUAUUUUCC